GUGUUGGGUUUUGUUUUCUUUUUAAGCUAAGAGAAAUCAAGAUGGUAUCUUGAUGGUUUGGCAAUCUUCUUAGAGAUUACUGGGAUUUUCUCAUCUGGGUUUUUUCUUAUGGAAUGAUUUUUGAAACAUUCUUCUUUCUUUGAUUUUGUUGCUUAUUUAUUAUGAUCAUUCGGUAGAUGGAUUUUACUACUUUCUAGUAAAAAUCAAGGGAGAUAAACUUCUUUUAUUUUUUACUUAGCUAGCCACUUUCAAAGCCAUAAUAUACUCUUCUUUCUUUUAAUAAAUCUGGGUUUCUGAUGGAGUUUUGAAAGGUCUCUACCUUCGCAUUCUUAGACACGGUUUUGUUUCAAUCUUUCAGUCGGUGAUAUUUUUAUGGAAGGGAGCUUCAGUUGUUUUGGAUUCUUAAGGUUUGGAGAUAAUGCUGAGGAAGAGGACCAGGUCCAUUGAGAAAGAUCAACAAAUGGUUUAUCUAACUGGGUCUGAAUUUGGUACUGAGCCCCAUUUUUAUCCUGACAAUCGCAAAAACAAGUCCUUGUUUAGUGUCCCUCGGCUGUUUGUUGGGUUGAGUCCUAGGGGUUUAUCAGAUUCUGAUUCAGUAAGGAGUCCAACAUCUCCUCUAGAUUUUAGGGCGUUUUCAAAUCUUGGCAGCCCUUUUAGGUCCCCAAAAUCACUCCAUAAUGCUCAACAAAAGAGCUGGGAUACUAGUAAAGUAGGCUUAAGCAUCAUAGAUUCUCUUGACAAUGCUUCUAAAUUGUCCGGGGAAGUUAUCCGAUCGGAGAGCAAGAACAUUCUUUUUGGACCACAAAUGAGGAUUAGAACUCCAAACAGCCAAACCCAUAUCAAUUCUUUUAAGGCACCUCAAUCUUUGCCUAAAAAUUAUGCAAUUUUUCCUUAUACAAAGAGUAAAUCUCCCCUACAAGAGGGAAACUCUAGUGUUGUUUUUGAAAUUGGAGAAACCCUAUUAGAGCCUGAGCCAUUUGGCAAUUUCCGCUCUUGUUCUCUGGAUUCCUGCAGGUCUUUUCCAACUUUAGCUGGUUUUACUGACCAUAGCCCCGAUUUGAGUUCUGGGAGUUCUGGCUUGGAAAAAUUAACCUCCCGGGCAAGUUCUCCUCCUGUGCUGAUAGGAGAAAGCCUAAAUUCAAACAAUUUUUCGCUUGUUAAACUAGAUUCAAUGUCUGUAUCCAAUCGCUCUGGCAAUGGAUUUGUUGAAGCCCUCUCAGGAAGUGAGAUUGAGCUUUCUGAGGAUUAUACCUGUGUAAUAUCUCAUGGUCCCAACCCGAAAACAACUCAUAUAUAUGGGGACUGCAUUUUGGAAGGUCACUCCUAUGAGUUGAACAGCAUUUGCAAGGGUGAAGUUAAGGAAAUUGAAGCGAUGCAGAGCUCAACCGCGCCAUAUCCACCUGUUGAUUUCUUGAGCAUCUGCCACACUUGCAGCAAGAAAUUGGAGGGUAAAGAUAUUUACAUAUAUAGAGGUGAGAAAGCAUUCUGCAGUUUUGAUUGUCGAUCAAAGGAGAUUUUGAUCGAUGAGGAAAUGGAGAAAAUCAUCACCUCUUCUAAGAACUCUCCGACAUCAGAUGAUGUCGAGGAGCUCUUUGAAACUGGUAUCUUUAUCACAUAAGGUCUUUUACAAUAGCCACCAUGUCCAUGAUUGAUGAACAUUCAAGCAAGGUAGACAGAUUGAUCAUCUGUCCAUAAAGAGCUGUUUUGAGCUUCGAGCAUCUUGUAGCAGCCAUGGAUGAUCGUUUUGUAUAUUGUUUUGUUUGCCUUUUAUCUUUCAGCAUUCAUGGCCAUGGUGGGUAUGGGUUCAUAAUUGGCUAGUUUUGCCAUCCAUAACUGCUAUAUAUAUCAUUAUAAAUCCAUAUUCUCAGACUUUUAUUCUGUUAUUAUCGAUUUAGAAAGGGUAGAAGCCCCUUUUUAUGGCUCCCCAAUCUUGUUUCAUUUCUGCAUUAUCACUUUUGGCUAUCCCGGAAGAGUUGAAUGUAUAAUCUUACAACUCAUUUUUGACUCAAUAUAUAGUACUAUAAUUCAAGUCUGGCA